GCAUUAAAAAUAGUUUGUGAAGUUAGUAUUAGCACUGCUUCUGAUGACCUAAAUCCUAUAUAUUAUUAUCGUAAAGUAGCUCGUGAAAAAAGAUUACCUCUUUCAAGCUGGGCGGUACUAAGUAACUAUUCAUACAAAUACAAAGGAAAUUCAUCGGCAAAUAUUUAUUCCUUCCAAGUAUCUGUGAACAAUUACAAUCCAAUCAGUGAAGAUGAUUAUAAUAAUCCAUUAUUUUUCUCAGCACUUUCACAGGAUCACACUUUUGUUUUCACAUGGGAUAUCAAAACAUAUAGCUUACGAAAAACAGGUGAGAUGCCUAAUGCAAAAUAUGAAGAAGACGUUGUGUUCAUGAUUUGUAUGACUGUUUAUUGGAAAGAUGAUCCUGAACUGUUAAAACAAAUCUGUUUUGUUAAUGUUAAAACUGCACCAGACUCAUGCUUGAUUACAAUUGUAUGUGAGAACCAAACCAAUUUACUGAAAGCAUUUGCAUUAUGUUGGAAAUGUUUAGCUCUGGAUAUACAUAUAGGCUUUAAUGAUUCACAAUAUGACUGA